ACAGAACCUCGGAGUAAACGGGUAAUGCACCGCCACAGCAGUCAGCCACAGUCGCGGUUCCCACUUUCACGACGCGACCCGCAUUCACAUAUUCACGAGCUGUCGUCGUCUCCCAUGUGUUGUUCCACGAGCGCAUCGUUCCUUCCGUUCUCACAUACAUAGCUUCGCCCAAAGUAUGCGACACGCCCUACACGUUCCGCCGCACGAAAAUGCCCACCCCCGCAGCCAGUCUGGUCCCCGAGCUCUCAGUCCUCAAGCCACUAGACCCUUCGCUAUACAAAUCCGAGGAUGAAUACGAAAUAUACAUCCUUAGCAAUGCGCAAGUCGUUUACGAGAAUGGGCGACCAGGCAGGCACGCGAGUCUCCUGGAAGCGUAUGCGGAUACGCCGCUGAGGGUGGAGGGACGGCUGGACUCGGUGGAGCGCGCGCAGACAAAGUAUUUGGUCAAGAAGCCUUUGCGACCCACCGACAUCGUGAUCCGGGAAGUGACGCGGUUUUCCUACGGGCAGACCGAGGAUGGGGAAACGGUAAUUUGGGCGCUUGGAGCGGCGGGGUGGUAUGAGCUACGGCCUGGCAGGGCUUAUAAGGACAUAUACGACGGGAUGGUGCAGGCGGUGGAGAUAUUGUAUUUUGUGACAGACAUAUAUAAUGAGCCGCGCAAGAAGGGGGGACGGCCGAGUGCGCAGCUGAUUUGGCAGGAGUAUGCCGAAGACGAGCGAUUCGCCUGCAACACUACGGAAGAGGCGCGGCGGAUAUUUCACAAGCACCGCGCAUUCUUGAUAAUGUGCUUUUUGAACAAGGCGCAAGGGAUUGGAUGGAGCAAUACACCGCUAUGCCAGUACUACAAGCGAGUGUAUUCGAAAGAGUUCGAGCAGGUAAAGGCGCGGAUAGAAGGAAAAGCCCAGGAGAAAGAGAAGAAGUCAUCUAGGGCUGCGUCCCCACCGGCGAGAACUGGGAGGAGAUCCAAAACCGAAACAAAUGCACCGCAACCGCCUAAGAAGGAUGACAACUGGUGGGCAGCAGCAGCACUGUUUGAGUUCAUGCAAAAGGCAGUGAAUCUUGGAGCUAUACGAGUCGGACAGAUCAACCUAGAGAGAGUAGCAAGACUCAUUGUCAAGCGAUACGAGGUGGAAGACGUCGAGCUGGCGAGAAAUAUACUCUUCGCCUACGCAUCGAACCUGCGAUACAUGAUGGACCAUCCGAAGCGGAAGAGCAUAGAGUAUUUCCAAGACGAACCGAUCUACCAGGAACUAGCAGCGGCAAACAGACUCUCGGCGGCGGACUUGCGCCGUGCACAAUCUACCGAGCUGCGCACACGAAGAGAUCACAGCAGUCUGAAAGAAGACUUGGAAUCGGAUUCAUCCGGUUCAGAAGAGAUUGAGACGCCAAAACGGCCACCGCGGCACAAGAAAGUAGGAAGGCUGUCAGUACUGCGACCAAAGACCACCAGGAUAGCGGGCAAAGGUAAAGGCGUCAAUCAGGGGAAGGGCAAGGCCCCAAGCGCCAAUAUGGCGAGCGCUUCCGAAGGCGAAGAAGUGGCUGCCGGCAGCGAUAGCGAUAUGCCCAUCGAUACGCCUACACACGCUUUAUCUCCAGGAAAGCGGAAACAUGUUCCUGAAGCUGCAGAGACGAACCCCCGCAAGCGCGCCUUGACAGCAUCCCCCGAGCCGGACGAGCUAGAACAGGAUGAAGUCGAGGAGGAACAAGAAACAGAAGAAACAGAAGAAGACUUCCCCUCAUCCCCAUCAGAGAAUCAAGAUGAAGAAGAAACGGAGUCCGCAGAACCCCUCCCCCUACAAUGGCGUACCAGAAACGCCCCAGUAAAAUCUCCACCCAUUCUCCCACCUGUUAUAUCCACCCCCUUACCGACAUACACACCCAACGGUCCCGGUGACAGCUGGAUCUGCAACUUCGACGGCUGUAGCCAGAAGGUGUACGGUGCGAGUACGGACCUGGGGAGGAGUUUGAUCACGGAUCAUCUGAAGGAUCAUGCACGGGGUCGGCAGAAGGAGGUGGAAAUUGUGCGUGGGGAAGAACGGAGGUUGGGGUUGCCUGUCAAUAAUCUUAUCAAGCGCAUCCGCGAGAUGGCGGAGAUGCAGCAACCGCUGUUUCCCUCGAUGGCCGGGCCGUCGGCUCCUAGACCGAUUGGAAGGAUGGUGUAGAGCGCUGGAAGCAGUAAGGAAUUAUAUGCUCGGGUUCACGGCGGUGCUUUGAUUGAGGUGUUCGGCGUCUAUCUCUCGUUGCUUGGGGGGUGGUGUGGCAAUCUUCGGCGUGUACAGGGCGGUUUGUUUUAUGCUCUCUCGCAUGCCCUUUCUUCGGAUUGACUUGGUAUAAAGAGGGCGGCGUCUAUCAAGCUUCCUAUUGGCAGGGGAAAUUGAUGUGUCUGUAUGGGACUUGUGCGAUAUAGUAUUCAUGUCGCUAGGCUAUUGCUCUCCACAUCAUUGUUCUCCGUGUCACAUUAUUGCGUUACGGUCCAGGAGCUGCUGCCUCCUUAGUACUGGGAGCACGCGGUUACAUGAGCGGUCUGUUUUCCAACACAUCGAGGCUCCCGAUUCAAGAAGGAAAAUUGGGUUCAUGUGCGUCAAAAGAGAAAAACAGACACCGUCAUGUAAGCCGUCGGCUGCAGCUGGUGCCAAU